AUGUCGUCCGAUGCUCAGUCAUCAUCCGCGCGGCCCACGACGUUGUCGCCUACGCUGCGAACUGGAAUCUUCCCGGCGUCUGGCGGUCUGGGCGGCAGCACCCUCGCGCACCUCCUCUCCUCCGUCGACCCGCACACCGUCACCCUCAUCGCGCGCCAGCCCGAGAAACUCGCCAAGCAAGCCGAGCAAGGCGCCACCGUUCGAAAGGCCGACUACGACGACGAGUCCUCUCUGCAGCACGUCUUUGACGGCAUCGACGUCUUGUUCCUCAUAUCCUAUCCCAGUAUCCAGCACGAGCACCGUUUCAAGGUGGCUAAAGCGGCAAUCGACGAGGCGAUCAAGGCAGGAGUCAGGCACAUCUUCUACUCGUCCCUCGCCUUUGCCGGCGACGGCAACCCGACGUCCGUCACGCAGGUCAUGGCGGCGCAUCUCUCGACCGAACAGUAUCUCGCCCAGGUCCAGCAGAAGAACCCCACCACCUUCUCCUACACCGCCGUGAGGGAGGGCCUGUACUCGGAGAGCUAUCCCAUCUACACCGCCUUCUUUGACAUCAACAACCCGCCGGCCUCGGGCGAGAUCCGAAUCCCCCACAACGGCUCCGGUCCCGGCAUCUCGUGGGCCAAGCGGGACAACCUGGGCGAGGCGACAGCACGUCUCAUUGUCCGCUACAUUGAGGAUCCCGCGUCGUUCCCCUGGCUCAACAAGAUCAUCGUCCUCUCUGGUCCGCGCGCCUACACGCUCAGCGAGACGGCCGACGUCUUCUCGCACAUCCUCGGCAAGCCGAUCAAGAUCGUUGAGACGAGCGUCGACGACUACGUCCAACAGCCGCAGGUCAAGUUGGGAUUCGACUACGGGACAGGGGACUGGGCGCGGUUGUGGGCCAACUCCUUCGAGGGCAUCCGCCAAUCCGAGACCAACGUCGUCAACUCGCACCUGCGUGACCUGCUGGGGCGGGAGCCCGAGGACUUUGAGACGACCAUUCGCAACAGCCUUGCGGCCACGAAGGAACAGUAG